AUGGCAGCGGCUAAUUCCGGCAACCACCAGUGGUUGACUCUUCUUGAUUUGAGUGACUCCCAAAAAUUGAUCCAAAUUUCAGACCUUUCUGGAUGUCCAAAUUUGGAGAAGCUAUUCCUUAGUCGUUGUACUCAGCUGGUAGAGGUCCAUCAAUCUGUCGGAGCCCUCAAAAAUCUUAUGAGUUUAGUAGUGGAAGGUUGUGAAAAACUUGAAAGGCUUCCCACUAAGUUACAGUCUGAGUCUCUUGAAAUUCUAAAUUUUUCUGGAUGUCGGAGUUUGAUAAAAGUUCCAGAAGUUCAGCAAAAUGUGAAUCGCUUAUCAGAAUUCAAGAAGACAUACUUUCGUGUAUCUACAUCAUCAUUUGAACAUGGCAAUUCUCUAAGCUAUAUAGAUAUGUGUGACUGCAUUCACAUUGAAAUUCUCCCUACCAGCAUUUGCAGGUUGAAGAAUUUGAAGUUCCUUUACCUCAUUCAGUGUUCUAAACUAAAAACCUUGCCGGAAAAUAUUGGUGAUCUAGAAAACAUUGAGGGGCUUGAUGCAACUGGCACAGCAAUCUGGCACACCCCAAAUUCCUUCAUAAGCUUGAGGAAACUGAAGUUCCUAUCUUUUCGAAAAGUACCAAGGACUUUUCAUGUGCACGAUUUAUGCAGUUGGGGCACAUGUUCUGCCCAGCUUGAUUUGAACUUUCAGCUUCCCAGUGUUUUAUCUUUCUUCUGCAGACUUGAAAGACUGGAUCUUAGUGCUUGCAAUUUAUUUGAUGGCAGUGUUCCUGAAGAUCUUGGAUGUUUGGCCUCACUAUUAGAGUUAAAUCUGAGCAGAAAUAGCUUCACCUAUUUACCUAAAAGCAUUGUGUUACUUAAGCACCUUCGAUACCUUGACAUAACAUAUUGUGAAAAUCUUAAAGAGCUGCCAGAGCUUCCUCUUAGUAUAAUGAAAUUGUUUGCUGAUGAUCGUUUUGCUUUGCAAAGCAUUCAAAAAUUACCAACCAUGUACAAAGAGUUGUACAUGGUCUCCUUCGCUAACUGGAAGAUGCAGGAGAUGUGGUAUGCUUCACGCAGGGAAAGUUCUGUUUUGCAGGUGGGAAAUUGUCAAAAGGAAGACAUGAAUGCGAUGCUACAAAAAAUUCUCUUUUCUUUUCUUUCAAUGAUGCAGCUAAAGUCGGGUUUUGACAAUGAAUUCCAAGGGGGAAAGUUUUCUAUUCUCUUCCCUAGAAGUUCUCCAAGUGAUGAGGUUCUCUGGUGGUUUAACUAUCGCCAGACACAUUCAAGGACGAUUUCCAUCAAAUUGAAGAAACACUGGUUUAAUGAUAAGUUCAUGGGAUUUGCUAUGUAUUGUGGGCUUCCUUUCCAAUUGCCAAAACUCUCUCGUGCUCGGCAUUCAGCAUUCAGUUUGUGCUUGGGUUUUGGAAUCAAAACCAAAUUGGUGCCGGAACAGGCUUCUUUGGAUCGACCCACACUUGAAGAUAUUAUCUAUUUGGAAGUGUCAAAUGCAGUUUCAAGUGAUCGUCAUGACUGCUUUGUCUUCUUACAAUUUGAUAAGACAAAGGUAUACUUUAAAGGAAAAGGCAAAGAACCCUUUUCGGUAAAUAGUCCAAAUGAUUACUGUAGAUUUGAGGCAUCUUUAGAUAGUCGAAUAUCAGCUAAUUGGGGAAUUCGUCCAUUAUAUGCAGAUGAUAUUGAGGUGAUGAGGUUGAAAUGGAAAAGCCAACUUAUGAAACCGGAUUCAUAAGUAAUAACAGAGGAAAUUCAAUAUUUUGUUUUUUUGGUAAGACUUCUUAUUGAGACCUACCAAUUCUCCCGAGAUGAUAUCUUUCUCUGAAGACUUCACUCACUUAUUCUUGAAUUGUAAAUACUCUCAGCUCGUCUAGGGGGAUCAAGAUUGGGCCUAAACUUUGAAGUUGGGAACACGAUUCUAGUUCAUCAUGAAGAUGUAAUUUUCUCUUUUACUGUCCUGUGGGUGAUCUGGAAGCACAGGAACAAGAUAAUACAUUAAAGUGCAGUUUUUGCUCCCUCAGAGAUUACCUCCACUGACAUUGAAGAACACUUUAGAUUUCCAAAUUUUGAAUCGACAGAAGAAGAGGUUCCGAAGGAGUGGCCGGGAAGAAACAUCCGUGGAUCUUAAAGUUCUGUGUCCAUUUUGAUAUAGAGUUAAGGAUGACAAUGUGCUUGUACGGGAGCUUGGAAAGAGGAACAAGAAUGGGCUGGAGUGGCAUCAUAGGGCUUAGACUGACAUUACAAGCAGAAGUACAUGCCUUUGAGUACUCAAUGAGAUGGAUUUCGGUAGUUUCUUAAGUCAUAAUUUGUUUAGAAAUGACACCUUGGUUAAGCAACAUCAAGGAUGGGAUUGCUGUUCAGAUUCAGACAUAUCUAUAUGUUGCAUGAAUGCCUGGAUAAUGUCAAAAGAUACCCAGGAAAGUUGUUAAGAGUUCCCAGUUAAGCAGCUUCAGCUGCGAAGAUGGCAGAAAAAUGGCCAUGAUGACUUGCAUGGAUGUACUCCACUCUGCCAUUUGAUGACCAUAAAUAGCUUGGGCUUAUUGUGGAGUUUUAUUUCGCAAGUGUAAUAAGCAAUCUCCUCCCUAGUGUAAGACUUAACUGGGACAGUUUGAAUGUGAGUAGAAUCUUAGAGAAUAGCAGCAAAUCUAUGCGUUAGAACAAUCUGAUUAUUAAGGAUUUUGAUGUAUGCUAUAGGAGUGUACAAAACCCCAGCUAUACUUGCUUUGGUUUUAACUUAAUGUCAAC